UUCCCCUUUUUAACCCCUUUUUCGUUCUCGUUCGGUUGUUCCGAACCCCCAACAAUCCUGCAGCCACCGUUUAACGCGGGGCUGCCGGAGGGACAGUCGGUUUUACGUGGCAAAGGAAACGUGUUCACCACCGGUCGUGCAUAUUUUUCGUGCCGCGUGUCUGUCCAACCCCAAGCACUUAUCGACGAUUUAUCGGUAAUCCUUCGGUGACAUGUUAUGUGAGUAAGCAGAUGUGAAUAUCUGACGUGUUAUGGCGUGGAAGUGUUGGCCAACCAUUGCGGUACCAUCGUUCUUCUCCAAAGACACCGGGAUAUAUUGCCGUAUUAACGCCCAGCUGUGUUGAGUCUCCGUGGAAACAUGAAGAUACCACCCCUGUCAUGACCCAGUAUCGCGGACACGCGUGUGGAUGAGGGUAAACCAUCUCAACGAGAGGGAUGUCUGAGAGCGACGGAGAGCAAGUAGCUCGAUCGGUGGCCCUUGAGCAAGCCUACGUCCAUGAGGUUUACGAACAAUGCGCCGAAAAGACUGUACAGAGCAAACACUGGCCACGGAUCUAUCAGUUUCUCGAGGAACUCGAACCUGGUGCCCUCGUCUGUGACAUUGGUUGUGGCAACGGGAAGUACCUGAGCGUUAAUCACAGCAUCUUCAAGGUGGGAGUGGACCGUUGCAAGCGUUUCACGGAUAUCGCGCGUGAGAAGGAGAAUGAGGUACUAAUUUGCGACAAUUUAGCGUUACCAUUUCGGGAUGAGAGUUUCGACGCGGUCCUUUCAAUUGCGGUGGUACACCACUUUGCCACAACAGAGAGAAGGGUCCACGCGCUCAGAGAACUUGCUCGUGUGCUGCGGAUCGGUGGUCGCUUGGUGAUAUCAGUAUGGGCUAUGGAACAAAGGCACAGGAAGUUCGAAUCUCAAGAUGUAUUGAUACCAUGGCCCAAAGCAUAUUGCAUGAACUCGACACCAGAAAAAUCAAAACGUUCAGGUGCACCCAAAAACGCCAGUUUCAAUCAGAACACUCAGAAAUUUUUGUCAUCUUCCAAAAGGAACAGCCAACCAAAAAGCAAGAGCAAGGGCUAUUGGAUCGAUCCGAUAUUCAGUCCAUCACCAUCUACCAGCAGUCUGUCGAGUCCUAACGAGACCUGCUAUAGCUUCUUCCGUCGAGCCUUGCAGAAAUUAGCAGGAGGCAGACGAGGCUCUGGAAAUCGUCCUUGGUUCCUCGAAAGUUGGCAAAGUGGCAGCGGAAAGAAUCGAAAAUAUUACGAACAGGAGGAGCCUCCGGACGCGGACGAGUUACCGAUCGAGUUGCGUUGCGUGGAAGACGUCAAUGUGACCCUGAAUAAACAGUCGGAUUCUCUAAGCAUCAAGUCGAAGAGCCUCGGCGAUAUCCUAGAGAUUCAACGACUAGACAUGGUGCGAUCCAGAUCCAGCAUUCCCGGCCUCUGUUCCAUGCUGACGUCCGAAUUGAAUUUGGACGGCGAAUCUAGGACGUCGUCGUCGUCGAUAAGCGGCUCGAAGCCACGGCUGGUCAAGCAGAAGUCUCACCUGGUGGACGACGUCAGUUUGGAAAAUCCUGACAACACUGCCAUUCAAGAACUACCUAAGGACGUUCCAGACUUUCAGGUAACACCGACUCGUUAUUCGAAGCGAGGAAACAUCCUGAAGCAGAGCUCGAUGAACGAGGAGAUAAUGUCCGCGGAGAGGCUGGAGGAAAAGGAGAGGGUCCGACGAAACAUAAUGAAACAGGCGUCCCUGAACGAGGACAUCAUCUGCAAGGGUACAACGUUCGAAUCCUUCAGAGACUCCCUCUACUCCGGCAACGCGACAAAAAGGUUUCAACUGUUAAAAAGUGGCCUUACGAACAAGAUCAGACAGUCGACCACGAAUAUCGAGGUCUCGGGUAUAUCGAUCAAGAAUGGAUUCGUGAAAAUCCUCCAAGGAUGGAAGUCCGCUGAAAACGACGUACCACCGGCGUCUAAUAACGGUACAUCGAACGAUGAGACUUCACGAACAAAGGUUAACGAGAAGAUUCCACCGGUGACGACCACGAAGAGGGAGGUGGAAGGUGUGGAGAGGCGGCUGUCUCGCGAGGAUGGUUCGGACUCGUCGAAAGACAGCAGUCUGCAGAGCGACACGAGCGUCGACUCCGAGGACAGUUUCGCGUCCGUGAUCUACGUGCCAAAGCCGGACGCCCAAUCAACGAUAGACAUUAUACCAAUCUCUACGGGUCAUCAAUUGGGUAGCACUUCGGCACCGCCUUCGCCGCGAGUCAAAUAUCCGCCUGACUCGCACAAUUCCAGGCUCAAGCUCAUCUCCAUGUCUCCUUUGCUUAAGCAGUUCCCAGCCACCAGCAAGUCUCUGCCACCGCCUAGUCCGCCAGGUUUGUCUCCACGUUCGUUGAAUCCUGUGUUCACCAGACCCUUUUUCGCCACCACUAGCGUCAUCGGUCAGCAACCUGUAGCUGGGGAUAAAACAAACGGCACGAAGAGAAUAGACGUUUCGAAUGGUGCUUACGAAUCAGCUGAUUCAGAACUGCAGCUGAACAAAAGGAACGUCGAGAAUGGUGUCUGUAGAAGAAACAGCUUUUUCGAAACGAAGAAACCCACCUUGCAAGCUAUACGGGCGUAUAGAUCAAUGACCGAAACUGUGGAAGUUGUCGAAGAAGCUCAGACCGUCAAAGACACCGCGCCGCUUUUAGCUAGCACCGAGGAGAGCCCUGAGGUAUCGCUACAAGAGAAGACAAGCUGCGACUUCAGCAAAGAGGAGGAGAAUCGUAAGGCUAGGUUGAAUCAGAUCAAGGAGCUGCUGAAGCAGAAGCCAGGCUUCGCCACCAGGACCAAACCAUCCUUUCCUUUGGUCAGACGAGCUUCCACGACAGCCAGCGGUCGCCUGGAAGCUGUUACCAAAGUUUUGCCACGCUUACUCUCGCUGGAGCUGUUUAAUCCCGAAACCGACGACCUGGACAGCGACUCUAGCGGAGUCUCUUCCCCGGAAUCAGUGGGUUCUGUGAUCAGUGUGAUAUCGGACGAGAGGUACAUGGCGAAGAAAGACAACAACAAGUCGGAAUGCACCGAGUCAGAGGUGCUGGACAGUUCGGCGGAGAACGUCUCCGAUCCCAGUGACAUGACCGCCGACGAAUCGUCCGGUUAUGCGGCCGAUUCGAAGGAGGAUGGGACGAAAACUGCGACAGAUAGCUCUUCGUCCCAUUCUUCGAGGAUUCCUGACAGCUCAAUCGUGGUUGGGUCCUUGGAGAAUGUUGACGCCUCUAGUGAGAGUAAGACAAAGUCUAGUAUUCAAAUGCCGGAAGUGAAUGCGACUUGGAACGAAGAACUCCACAAGCACCUGAUAGACUUCACCGAGAACCUUAGCGAAAAUCUGAAACACGAUCAGUAUUAUAAAAAAUGUGAGUUUGACGAGGAUACAAUUGGCCAAAGGAACCCGUUAGUUUCUAUAAGAGAAUCUGACAAGCGUACCGACGAUUUUCAUAGUGAUUCCAGUGGAGUUUCUUCGUCAGAAUCCGCAGCUUUAACCAGCACUGUCAUUCCAGACGGAAGGUAUAGCGUUAGAAAGGAUAACGAAAAAUUAGGAAAUUCUAAUAAAAUAAAAACAACAGUAGAGGCUUCUUCGAAGCUCCUAGCCGCUGCAGCAAACGUAGCGAACUCCUUGGAGGACGCAGUGGAUACAGCUAUUCAGAAAACGCACAGUAAGCAACACUCGGGACAAAUCGCACAAGAACCGGUUCAAACUUGUACGUCAGGUGUCGUUAAAGCCACAGCAAAAUCUAGCAUCCAGUUACCAGAAAUGGACACUACGUGGAACGAGGAAUUCCGCAAGCACCUGAUUAAUUUCACAGAAAACCUCGGUGAGAAUUUAAUGCACGACCAAACCGACCAAAAAAUCUCUGAUCCCUUCGUUUCAAAGACGAAGGACGAAUCUCUGUCGAAAUCCAGUAGAUCAUUUAAGCCUACCAAACACACCAAGUACAACGAUUUAUCCGAUACAAUCGCCUGGUUGAGUAACACCAACAACGGCUUCGACGAGCAUCCUGACAAACCCAUGGAAUCGUUGGACGUGGAGAAUCCAAUGGGGAACAAGAUGCAACGAAGUCCAUCGGACGACACGAUGGACUUUGUGAUGGUCUCCAAAAGUGGUGAGUUCAUGAACGAGAAAGAGAACGCCGCCUUGGACAAGCCUCCGUCGGAGAAGCCGUACUUAAGAUCCGUCAAUUCGAUGGAGUCCAGCGAUAUGGGCGAGUCCAUCAGCUUCAGCAGCCAAGCGGAGUCCACCGGAAGACUUUGUAGCAGCAUGGUGUCCUUGCUGUCCAACAACACUCCAGAGUACCCCAAGUCGUACGCGGAGAAACGUAGGCUCCAAAUCCAGAGGAGGUCAGCGUCCGAGGAGACGCCAUCGAGGUAUCCCGACGAUAGCAAACGCAGCACCGAGUGUCUGGUGACCACGACGGCCAGCAACCACUCACUGAGUGCCUCGUCGUCCCAGGAAUCGUUAACGUCGGACCGUGGAGGCGGCGCGAUCACCUACCAUCAGUACUAUCACGUGUUCAGGGAGGGCGAGCUGGACCAACUGAUCAACAAAUACGUGGAGAACUUGCACAUUAUCUCGUCUUACUACGAUCACGCGAGCUGGUGCAUCGUCGCGGAGAAGGUGCAGGUCUGGACUAUAUGACUCGAGGCCUAUGCUCGUGAAUCUUUGCGUCUUGAACGCAACCGUGCCACCAGGUAGAUCCAAAGAAGGUAUAAACGAUGCUUCGCUAAAAACCGAGGGCUUGCGAUUAGAACAUAAGACGUACGGCAACUGCUGUUCCAACUUAGCGGAUGUUAUUGCGCUAUUACUGACAGGAAGUUUCAGGAACCAGAAACCCGAGCUGCUCAAAAUAAUCGGUAAACAUUUUAGACUACUUCAAUUAUUAGAGAAAAACUUUGAAUAUUGUCUUAUCUUUUCGCUGAUAAUUUCAAUGCGUUUGAAAAUGGAACACCCUGUAUUUAAUAUUUAACCAGCGUGUAAUCCAUCGAUACGUAAGGCUGUUCUAAUUAUUUUGAGCUGCACAAAGGUUCCAGCACGCGGCACAAAAGAGAAAAACGUUAACGGGAGAAAAUUCACUCCUUUUUCAUUGUAGAUCGAAGAAAUCAAUUCGAUGAGCAUCGACUCGAAAGUGAAAUUGAAUAGGAAAUAAAUGAUGGCAGGUAUAUAUAUCCGGGAAUACGAUUGAACAAGGAAAGUCUAAGGAACUGGAUACAAUUAGAGACUAUCGCGAACUGGAUUGGCAAUUAGAAAGUUUCGCAAUAGUUGAGUCGAAAAUGCCUCGGCAGCGAGCUCGGCUAACCGAACGAGCACGUGAAUUCGCAAAGGACCAAAGUUAAAUAGAAUACGUCCGCGUUAAAUCCCGUUGGACGUUGCAAAAUCAAGUGCAGUCGCGUGUGUAUAUUCUCGUGACAAGAAGAGAAGAGAAACGCAAAAUCGACAUUUAUCGGAUUCAAAAGGGUAAAACACACAUUUGGAGUUCACGGAGUACAUGUAAUAUCGCAAUAACUAUCGGACCAUUUAAACCAAGAGUAUACCACCAAACAGCAGAGCAAGAUAUUAACCCUUUAUUUAAAAUGGACGCAGGAAUCUCAUAUUCACAAUAUCUUAGCUUUACAAUACCAUCUUCGACGUUCCAUUCUUACAAGGCCACCCUCGUCAUCCUGACAACCUUAUAGAAUAGGGAUGAGACCUUUCCUAUGGAUAACGCUGCAGUGAAAAAUUCAGACUCUGCUCCCUCGUUUCCACGGAUCCUGAAAUAUUAUAGAAAUUAAGAAUUCACGGACGACAAAUAAAGGGUUGAAAAUAUAUCGCCGUCAUUACCGGACCGUAUACCCAUACACGCAUGAAAUUCUACCGAGGAUCCUGUAGUUAGACGAAAGGAAAAGAAAAAAAACACGUACACGUAGAAUCGCGAAGUUGUUGACUCAGAUAUCAAACCAAUUUACAAAAGCGUUAAAACGUAGAUAUCAUAGUGAAAUAUAACGAUCGCGCACGUACGAAAUGGAUUUAAAUAAUUCUCUACAAGUUAAAGUUUAAUGGCUCCAGUGAUAUUAUACUUCAUAUGUUAUAACGAGCAUACUUUGCUACACUUUUUUUGUAAAUACGUAUCUUACUGAGAAAAACUAACUUAUUUAUAUAUAUAUAAAUAAUACAUGUAUACAUACAUAUAUCGGCAAUCUAUUACAGUUUAAAACAGCUGUAUUUAAAUGUUGAAAAAUGAGAGUUACAAUUUAAUUAUUUUGAAACAUAGGUUCCACGUUUUUAACGCUUUUCUUAAACGGUAAUUAAAAUUAUAUGUUAUUUAUUUAUCUGCAAGCAAGAUAAUUUAAAGUUACAUAAAUUAUUUCUUGUACAAAAUAGUAUAGAUGUCAAGGUUUAAUUAAAUUAUAUUAUAUAGCUUGGUUUUAUUGUCAAAGUUUAAAAAAUAUAAAAAUUUCUCGAUAACUCUUGAUAACUGUGUGAAGAGAAAAUAAUUGUAUGUACAAAGGGUUGUUCUUGAGAACGCGACACAAACGCCGCUAUAGGAGAAACAAACGAAUGCACAAUCGAUAAAAUCGGAACUCUACGUGAUCGGUGAUCUUAAUCGAAAGCCUAAUUGUUGCUCACUUAUGUUAUUGUUGAUGUCCACCAUAGUUUCAAACAGUUCACUUAUUUGUAAGUGUUUAAUUUAACAUAUAUAUUUAUGUACAGAGCCGUAGCUAGAGUUUGCGGGGUCAAAGGUAAAAAAGUUGCAACCCAAGUCUACGCAGGUCGCAAACGAAAUUAUAAAUGAUAAUUAUUACAAACUAGGUAUGUACAAAUUUUUAUUUUCAAUUUAUCAACAAAUUUUAUACGACUUAAUUCCUUGAUUUAUCGAUGUAAUUAUUUUUUAAUGUCAACAUAGUCUUCCUUGAUAAUUAUAAUUUUUCAAACGAAACGUUUAUUUUCUAUCGACCGAACGAAAAUUCAUUCGACUUGCACACGUCUACCGUAGAUAAAUUAACUCGACGUUACCUAUUCAAUAUUCCACAGCAAAUUACACGAGAAAGAAUAUGAAGAAAAAGCUGUUGGAUCUUAAUGCUGCAUCUAGAGAAGGCUGUGUUCGACAUAGCUUAGAUAUGUUACGUAUAUAUGUACAGUAAAAGGGUAAAAUUUAGUAAAUGUAUACAUUACUGAAUUAGCACUUUUACUUUCACAUAUACAUAUACACAUAUACAUACCUGCAUACCAGUGCGUACACCUAACACACGCGUACAAAAGGAACGUACAUAAUGCACACAACCAUAUAUAAGGUCUAAUAAUCUCACACCUAUAUAGUGAAUAUUUAAAACGGAAAAAAAAAGAAUUGUUCUUCGCGCAUAUUUAUUCCCCUUCCAUCCAACAAAAAGUGUGUAAUUAUCGCGGUAAUGACACCAGGUUCAAUGUUGCGUACGACUUUCUAUUAUAUCGUAGCAUAUCAGACAUCGUCAUUGCAGCAGAUGUUAUUUCGAUCUGGAAACUUUUCAUUGAUAUCUUGAAACAAGAGACAGAUUUUUUUUCCACUUGUUAGUCUAUAAAUUCUAUUGACUUGCCUUUAACUUAUUUAGUUUCUGUAGUACACUAUGAUAAAGAUCUGAGGUUAGAAUAAAAAAAAUUUGUUUCUUGUCGGUGUGCUGCGUUUGAAAAUUUCCAGACCGAUUCUUAAUAAAUAUGCAUAUGAAAUUGUAUUUCGAGAGAAUGAUUGCUAUAGAAAUGGUGCUAUUUAUGAAAGAUCGAUGAUUGCUUAUCAUCGAAGAAGCACAGUUGUAGACGUACUCGAAAUGAAUUAAAAUAUCCAUUCUGUUUCAUCGACUGUUAAUUUUCGUUUUGACUACACGAAUAUCAGGGUAAUAACCUUAUUAUGUAAACAAUAUUCAAAUGAACGAAAACGAGAAUACUUAAUUGUAACUGAAUUAAAAUCCUUCGAUUUCAAUGUUGCGCAUGUUCAAAUGUACGUUGCUUGAAAUAAUUUCCCGCCAAAAGUUAGUAAACAUUUGAACUUGUUCAAUUCAACUAUGAGCGAAACAGAUUGAUCUCCAAUAUUAAAUAAUUGCAAAUAUUUUGAUUUAUUUAGUAUUUACUACUAUUAUCUGUUAUUAACAAUCACUAAUUUAGUAUAUUAUUAAUACUUCACGUGACUAGCGAAGUAUUUAAAAUGGACGCAAAUUUUCAAAAGCGUUUGAGUCUAAAGAGAACACAACGGGGGCGCUACAAGAGAUUUCUUCGGUGUUUGAUUCUAGCUUGGGGUACGUUAUGUUUGAGCUGUACCUCUAAAAUAUUUAAAAAAGAUAUUGACAAUAUAUAUACAUGUGAUUGACAGAAGGUUCCAUCACAGUUUUUGUAAACUACAUCGUAUUUCUAUAGGGUUUACCAUUACGGGAACAGAGGAAGGCGCGAAAAGAGCACGCGAUAAUAAAAUUAUAUACUCGCAAUUCUUUAAUGAGGAAUACCGGUUACUGGUUAUCGAAUAUUGAAUUAUCAAAUUUUAAAUAAUCUAAAAACAAAUUCGCGUGCCCUAGACAUUUUCCUCUUUCCUUUAGUAAUAUCGUAUAAAAAUUUUUUCCCUUUCUUUGUGUUUCCUUUUCUCUUGAUAAUACCGUACUUGCGGUCCAGUAAUACACUACAUACGUAUGUUUAUUGAAACUUUUCAUGAUACCGAAUUAAUGAUUCAGUGCACUCAAUCGAUUAAUUAAUUGUUCGUAUUCAUUUUCAACAUCUACUAGGCUACGUUCGAAACCAGACCAGAUUUCUAUUUUAUACCUGUAUUUCACGAACAGGAUAUUAGGAUGAUGAUCCAUUGCGUAUUAUUAUGUAUAUGUACAUUUCAUUUAAUAGAGAUAAUAUUUCAUA